GGCUUUAAUUUUAGGGUUUCCAAGCCAUUCUCUAAUUGGAAAUAAAGAUUAGAUUUAAUUAUUAUCUGUAUAGAGAGGGAAACUAUAAAAUGGGGAGAGCUGGGAGGGUGGAGAUGAAGAGAAUAGAGAACGGGGCGAGGCGGCAAGUGACAUUCUCGAAGCGGAGAAAGGGACUGUUCAAGAAGGCUGCUGAGCUCUCCGUGCUCUGCGAUGCUCAAAUAGCUCUCAUCGUUUUCUCCCCACAGGGAAAGCUCUUUCAGUACUUUUCCUCCUCUUCCUCCUCCUCCUCCAAGUGGUGGUGGGGUGCCAACAUCGACGAUGGGGCUCGGCGGCGCGCGGUGGAAUACCAUCCAUCAACCGCCUGACGACAUGUUGUGAAUUGAAUUAACUAAGCAUUGGAGAAAUAAUAGAGAGAUACCGUGAAAGCACAAAAGAAACUCGCAUCAGUAUUGAUAAUGCUCCUCCACAGUACAUCCAGCGCUUCAAAUACGACAUAACUAUGAUGUCAAAGCAGAUAGAGAUGCUCGAAACCGCUCAACGGAAGCUUUUGGGGCAAGGAUUGGGAUCAUGUUCAUUACAGGAACUUCAUGAAAUUGACCGUCAGCUGGAGAUGAGCCUCAUUAAUAUCAAGGCCAAAAAGACUCAAGUGUACAUGGAGCAGAUUGAGAGCCUAAAAGCCAAGGAGAAAGAUCUGCUAGAAGAAAAUGCAACAUUGCGCGAGAAGGUAUGUUUAGUUUGAACUUUGAUUAAUUCAUCCAUAUACCUAAUAAUAUUGCUUUGUUGAUUAUUUUUUUUUCCUCUUCCAAGUUUCAACCUUAGUAUAGCUUAAAAAUAUGUUAAUAAGAUUAUAAAGUAUGC